UCUGUACAGAUGGCGUUGUCCCAGUUGGUUUCUUUCUCAGCCUCGGACCUUCUCCUGGCCUCUGCCAUCUUCUGCCUCGUGUUCUGGGUGGUCAGGGCCUCAUGGCCCCGGGUCCCCAAAGGCCUAAAGAGCCCGCCAGGGCCAUGGGGCUGGCCCCUGCUAGGGAAUAUGCUAACCCUGGGGAAGAGCCCACACCUGGUCCUGUCGAAGAUGAGCCAGCAGUAUGGGGACAUCCUGCAGAUCCGAAUCGGCUCUACGCCCGUGCUGGUGCUGAGCGGCCUGGACACCAUCCGGCAGGCCCUGGUGCGGCAGGGCGACGACUUCAAGGGCCGGCCCGACCUCUACAGCUUCUCCUUCAUCACCGAAGGCCAGAGCAUGUCCUUCAGCCCAGACUCUGGGCCAGUGUGGGCUGCCCGCCGGCGCCUGGCCCAGAACGCCCUCAACACCUUCUCCAUUGCUUCUGACCCAGCAUCCUCGUCCUCCUGCUACCUGGAAGAACAUGUGAGCAAGGAGGCUGAGGCCCUCAUCAGCAGGUUCCUGGAGCUGAUGGCCGGGCCCGGGCGCUUCGAGCCCUACAGCCAGGUACUGUUGUCGGUGGCUGGUGUCAUCGGCGCCAUGUGCUUCGGGCAACACUUUCCCCAGAGCAAUGAUGAGCUUCUCAGCCUUUUGAAGAGCAGCCAUGAGUUUUCAGAGACCGCCACCUCCGGAAACCCCGUGGACUUCUUUCCCAUCCUUCGCUACCUGCCCAACCCCACCCUGCAGAGGUUCAAAUCCUUCAAUGAGAGAUUUAUGCGGGUCCUGCAGAAAACAGUCCAGGACCACUAUCAGGACUUUGACAAGAACAGUGUCCAGGACAUCACAGGUGCCCUGUUCAAGCACAUCGAAAAGGGCCCCAGAGCCAGCGGUGACCUCAUUCCCCAGGAGAAGAUUGUCAACCUUGUCAAUGACCUCUUUGGAGCAGGGUUUGACACAGUCACAACAGCCAUCUCCUGGAGCCUUAUGUACCUUGUGACUAAUCCUGAGCUACAGAGGAAGAUCCAGAAGGAACUGGACAAAGUGAUUGGCAGGGCGCGGCGGCCCCGGCUCUCUGACAGACCUCAGCUGCCCUACUUGGAGGCCUUCAUCCUGGAGACCUUCCGACACUCCUCCUUUGUCCCCUUCACCAUCCCCCACAGCACGACGAGGCACACAACACUGAAUGGCUUCUACAUCCCAAAGGAAUGCUGUGUCUUUGUAAACCAGUGGCAGGUCAACCAUGACGAGAAGCUAUGGGGGGACCCGUCAGAGUUCCGACCAGAACGAUUCCUGAGUGCUGAAGGCACUUCCAUCAACAGGAUCUUAAGUGAGAAAGUGAUGAUGUUCGGCAUGGGCAAGCGCCGGUGCAUCGGGGAGGUGCUGGCCAGGUGGGAGGUCUUCCUCUUCCUGGCCAUCCUGCUGCAGCGUCUAGAGUUCAGUGUGCCACCAGGUGUGGAGGUGGACCUGACCCCCAUCUAUGGGCUGACCAUGAAGCCUCCCCGCUGUGAGCACAUCCAGGCACGGCUGCGCUUCUCCAUCAAGUGAAGGAAGCACCCCAUGUCAGGGCAGGGGAGU